AGAGAGAGAGAGAGAGAGAGAGAGAGGGUGGGGAAGGAUAUAUUGAGUCAAAACAGCUCUGCUUGCUCCUCAGUGUUGUGAGAGAAGAGACAGAGGACGUGUGAGAAGACAAGAUGGAGCGCUGGAACAGAUGAAGACUGUCACUGGUCCCAUCCGGCGGUCCACAUGAGCGUAUCGAAACCUCCUCCGCCCCACUCCCACUUCGCCCCCCCACCCGACUCUUCCACCUCCUCCCAUCUCUCCAUCCCUCCUUCCUCCUCCACCCCAUCCUCCCCCGCACCUUCUCGUGCCACCUCCUCUGCUCCCAGAUCUCUCCCGCCGCCCUCUCCUGUCAAGAUCUCCAUGCAGGAGCACUUUGCUAUCAACGUGUGUCCCGGGCCCAUCAUGCCUAUCCCGCAGAUCUCUGACUUCUUCCCGCGCUUCCACGACUUUCCCAUGACGCCGCCCCCGCCCCGGGAGAAGAAGAUCCUCAAGGAACCAGAUUUCGGAUUCAACAAUGGAGGGGAGACGGACGGUGAGAAUAAGGAGAAAGAGAGGAAACCCACCGAGGUGGACCGGGAGGAGAGGCAAGAAGGGGCAGAUUCGGACGACGAUGAUGAAACUUAUUUGGGCACCCUGGAGUUCACCCUGCUCUUUGAUCACGAGAACAACUGUCUACACUGUACAAUCCACAAGGCCAAGGGACUAAAGGCCAUGGACUCCAACGGACUGGCCGAUCCAUACGUCAAGCUCCACCUCCUGCCUGGAGCAAGCAAGGCAAACAAGCUCCGCACCAAAACACUGAAGAACACUCUGAACCCGGUGUGGAGCGAGACGCUGAUGUAUCACGGAAUCACCGCUAUCGACAUGACCACCAAAACCCUCAGGCUGUGUGUGUGCGACAUGGACAGGCUCGGUCGUAACGAGUUUAUCGGAGAGGUCCGUGUCGCCUUGAAGAAACUGAGCAAAGGCGAGAGCAAAAGAUUCAAAAUGGGUCUGGAGAGAAUCACACAGAACAAAGACAUCAACAAAGAAACCGUGGAGCAAGGAACACCUGUGGCUGAGGAAGAGCGUGGUCGUAUCCUGGUGUCGCUGUGCUACAGUCCAGAAAAGAGCUGUCUACUGGUUGGCAUCGUACGCUGUGCCCACCUCGCUGCUAUGGACUCCAAUGGAUACUCUGACCCCUUCGUCAAGAUUGUGCUGCAGCCUGAUAUGGGGAAAAAGUCCAAGUACAAAACCACAGUGAAGAAGAAAACGCUCAAUCCCGAGUUUAAUGAGGAGUUUGUGUAUGAAGUUCCGCACGACCAGCUGGCGAAGAAAACCCUGGAGAUCUCCGUAUGGGACUACGAUCUGGGGAUGAGCAACGACUUCAUAGGCGGAGUUGAACUGGGCAUAAAUGCCAAGGGAGUGAGGCUGAAACAUUGGUUUGAGUGUCUCAAACACAUCGGCAAGAAAGUUGAGUACUGGCACACGCUCACUCAGCAAGGAGCCCCUCCAGAGGCCCCCCCGCAGUGACUGACAUACACACACACUUUAUCGCAAUUAUUAAAUGAUAAUCAAUGAAUGGUGAUGAAAGAAAGAAAUAAUAAUGUAAUAAAGUAAUAAGAGAUAAAACAUGCAAUAAUGAUACGGAUAAUGAUGAUAUAAUAAUAAUAUUAAUUAUAAUACAAAAUCAUAAUAGUAGGUAAUUAUCCCAAUGUAGCUUUUUUUCUAAGUAAGCACAUUUAUGAAAAUGUCCCUCAUUGAAAUGUUUAAUGUGAAGUUGCGAACAAAUUUGACCUUAGCCCUCAAUAUUGUGAAGUCACUUGCAUUUCAGUCAUUCAGAUGUACACAUUAAUAGUGUAGAAUCUCUUACCUGCACUGUAACUACAAUACUGGAACAGUCUUAAGCACCUUUGGGCCCAUUGCCCAACAAGGUCUCGUUACGAGCGUUGUCGUCACCAGGUUGUUUCUACUCGGGAUGCAGUUGAAAAAGGUGCCGAACGUCCGGUUGAGAUGACUGGCGUCUAGCAACGCUAAUGCUAACUGCUAUAACAGUUCUAGGAAGUAUGGGAAACUGCAUACUUGGUGUGUCUCUGAAAGUGGCUGCGGCGAAUAAAGUGGGUGGAUCAACAGCGCUCUGUUAUUGGUUAGACGGUUUUGACUGAGCGGUGUUGUUUUUAGUUUCUUACCAUGCAACUACCAUACCGCAAGUGUUUGGACUUCAGUUUUGAAGCCAGAAGAUGAGCGCAAAUGGUAUUUCACUGCUACAAAUAAUUAGAUGUUUUCAGUGAAUAAAACUGACAACUUUGAAUUUUUUAUUAAAAGUACUAAUGAUGUGACUGUCACCCUGAUGCUGGCGACACUAGGUAGCUACUUCACAAGCCGUUGAGGGACAAAAGUGCUGAGGAAGCGGAAGCGACAGACCCGGUAUUGUUGCCGUUCAUGCCCUCCCUAUUGAGUAGGUUGUAUCAAGGUGACAUCUAGAUAGUUAUCAAUAUUAGUUAUUUAUUGUGUAGGCAGCUAUCCCACUUGUAAUAAAAUAAUGGGAGGGCAAAAAAUUGCCACUUUAGCUACUGCUACUGCUCGCUACUGCUACUGUGCUGCCCAGUGGGAAGCACCUCAGGUUGGCAGACACCUCGAUACAACAACAACGGCACAUUAGUCAUUCGCACUGGCUUACACACUCCUCGUGCAGCCCAGUCAGCCACGCAAAACGGUCUUUAGCACCAACAAAUCUGCCCAAUUUAAUGAUUUGCUUUCCAUAUACCCACUUGUGUUGAUCAACCCACUUCUUUCGCCACGUCCACUUUCAGACACACUCCACAUGUGCUGUUACCCAUGACUCAGUUCGAGCAUUAACUAACGCUAACAAUACCAACAGCGCUAACAAUGCUAACAGUAGUAACAAUGGUACCAGUGCUAACAGUACUAACAAUGGUACCAGUACCAACAGUGCUAACAGUACUAACAGCCCUAAUAGUGCUAACAGUACAAACAAUGGUACCAGUACCAACAGCGCUAACAGUACUAACAGCCCUAAUAGUGCUAACAGUACAAACAAUGGUACCAGUACCAACAGCGCUAACAGUACUAACAUCCCUAAUAGUGCUAACAGCGCUAAUUUAGCGUAAUAGGUGUGAAAACAGUAUUCACCAAAGUGCGUUAACAGCGUUAGCAUGUGUUUUCCCUGCUCUGCAACCCUGAUUUACUAUACAAACUACCCAAAUGACGAGGACAAAUUGGGUAAGUCACCUGCUAUAGGUUUUUAUUAUGGUGGUUGUCGCUCUGAUGCAAACUGACACACCAUGACGUUAAAGCACAAAAGGAUCCAUCUGACGGUCUGUCUCUGUGUACUUGUCCGAUGUCUGUAGGUGAUGACAGUGGGUGUCUGUAUCUCCCCUUAUCCUCCUGUGUGUAUGUGUCUUUGUGUGUGAGCGAGUGUUCGUGUGUGCAUCCAUUUUGCAUACAAAUAUGUGUGUGCACGUGUGUUUUUGUGUGUUUGUCUGUAAGCGUGUCUCCAAAUGUCUCCAUCCAUGAACCCCAAAGCAUGGAGCUGUGAAGAAAGACUGAAAAAAGAGACAAGACUCACUCCUACAGUACGACACUCACUCCUAUGUUCCCUGGAUGUCUCCCUGGUCUAACAAACUGAUGUCCUGUCACAUGUGCAACAGUAUGGCUAGCAGUCCAGUGAGUCACUUUUCCUUGGUGACAGUCACACAAGAUAACCAUCCCUCUGGAUUAUUUUCUAAACCCUGCUCUGUGACCUUUGACCUUUGACUUUGAGUGACUUGAAAGCUACACAGAGAGAUUUCUGCGGCACAGUCUCAAACAAACUAUAGCCCCUAGUCUAAAGAGGGGUUAUCAGGGGUUAUCAAGUACCAACUACUGGGUGUGCAGGCUUUUGCUCCAGCUCCAGCCUAAUGCAGUCUGGACGACAAUAAGUAUCAUCGGGCAUGUUCGUGCUGGAGCAAAGGCAUGCACGUCCCAGUAGCUCUCGAGGACGUAGAGAGUUUCCUCCUUCUUUUCGGGGUGCCCUUACACUAAGAUUUUAUUAUAAAUGCCAGAAUGUUUUUAAUUUCAUUCCAUUAUGGAGAUGAAAAAAACUAUUAGUGUGAGAAAUAUGGCAAAAACUUCAAUUGUAGCAAAAGGAAUAUGUUAAUUUGAGAUUUGAUCAAUUUACUCAUCUAUUCAUGUCGAAUUCGAGCAUAUCAACCAUUGUCUAGGUCUAGGAGUUAGGGUUUGUUUAGGGAACUUUGAGAGAGAGACUACCCAGGCUGUUUUUAUGACAGAGAACUGCCCAUAGAGCUUAAAAGACUACCAUGGGUUGCCAGACUUGCAGGGAUGGAGAGCAGAGAUUUCCCUGGAGGAAAUUGAGAUUGGCUGUGAUGAAUUAUACUCAGCAUGGCAACAAUCCAUCCCUGAAGCUCUACCAAUGGACUGUGUGGACAAUCAUGGACUGUUCUGCAUGCAGGAUCAAAGGAUACUGACAAGACGUGUGUGUGUGUGCAUGCUUGCAAGCGUGUGUGCAUUGUGUACAUUUCUCUGUGUGUGUGUGUGUUCAUGCAUUGAAUCUAAACACACUCAUGGACACCUCACUCCCCCGCCAUCCCUCGCAACAACAAAAAACACUGGCAUAAAGUAGACAGUGACUUCUCACCAUGGAUUCCUUUACCAGAGACAGACCUUGAGGGGUUAACCACAUUAAGGACAGAGGCCCAAACCUGUGGCCCCUGGCUACAGUUUGGACACCUUAUAGUUCCAACGCUGGCCCACUAAAGCACACUAUUACCCUUUUCACACUACUGAGACAAACAUAGCCAAGUCAAGCCAAGCUGUAUCACACUGGCCUGGUUACUCAUCUACUGUGGUUGCUGGAAUGAAAAAAGGACAAUGUGAAAAUAAAAUAUCCUGGCCAGCACAGUAUGGUUUGGGUCGGCACUGUAGUGUGAAUUAGACAUCUCAGUCAGUCAACAGUCUCCUGGACUUUUUCUUACUUUCUAAUCGUUGUUUGGGAUCUCUGUGUUCGUUAUUCUGUACUUGGACAAAGGUUUGAAUGAAGGCGUCAUCAUGGAUAGCAAAAACACAACGACGAUUCAGCAUGGCUAGGGGUCAAAUAUAGAGGGACUGUGACAUGGAUCAUGGAUCGUCAAAGCUAGGGACUGAACUCUGAAACGACGAGGAAGAAGUUGACCUCGUCUAAGUCUAGACUUUCACGAUCACCAAGAUCGUAUGUUGAUUGACCUUGACAACGAUGGCGUUGGAGUGGAGAGGGCGGAAUGUGUUCUUCUCUAUGCACACCAUUGACGACACAGGAAGCCUCUCCACGCACAGCAACAACAAUGAUUAACAUCUCCGAUGUCACUAUGUGAUAUGUUGUCAAAGAUGCAUUCAAGGUUUUUUAUGUAUGUAAUACUGCAUAUGUAUACAACGGUUGGGUCUAAUCCUGAAAGAUGAUUGGUUAAAACCGCAUUCCAGCCGGUGUCUAUUCCACAAGUUACUUCGUAUGUAUGUACUUCCCUCUCCGGGAUAUUCCUCAUCAUGGGAAGGCAGGCUUGAAGUUAAGUUCUGAUGUAACAGCGGGAGAUGUUUCUUCUCUUGUUCAGGUGAUCUGGUGGUUUAUUUUCACUCAGAUUCUCUCUAUCUCUGCCUUUUAUUUUGAUAUGUUGUCGGUCUAGCGAACUUGACUUUGUUCAUCAUGUGACAACAAAACAACGUAUGCAUCUUAACAUUCUAAUAAAGAAAUGCAUGUGUAACGAUUGUCAUAUAUAUGCAUAUGUAACUAACAUUGUAACUGACAUUGAUCAAUGCCAAUUUCUUUCUGGUUGAUAUCUUUUACAUGGUAUCAUCAAUCAAAUCUGUUACAGCUAUCAUCGCUGCUGUGUACUCGUUGGUUUGUAAUUUACUGUUUAUAAGAAAAAAAUAAGGGAUUAUUCAGGGUAACUUGCUCAAUUUUAUGCUUUUCUCGGUUCUGCCAUUGCUUUAAAACCUUUAUCGUCAUAGAUAUUGACAUUGUCUUCCUUUAAUGACAUUCAUGGAAUGGGGAGACAGGGUGGAGGGGAAGGACUAUUGUUACAGCAUCCCUGUGUACUCACUGACAUCCUGUACUGUCUAUCUCUAUGUGGAACAUACGGUGUGAUUGCCAUUCUGUGGUGACUUUGUGAAACUACUUCUCAAAAUAAACUGAACCCGUUUGAGUGGCUUACUGUGUAUGUAUGUUGU